AUGCAUCUUGAGAAACUGGAAUCCUUUAAGGAUGUUGUCCCUUCUCCCUUCCCUUAUAUUUCACCAUCUCCCUCUCCAAUUGAAACAUAUCCUCUCUCAGCUUUUUCAACGAAUCAAUCGAAGAUGGAUUCUUCAUCACCUCAACGUGAAGCUAUCAGAGAUGAUGAUGAAACUCAGGGAAACGAUGAUGAGUUUGGGACAACUAGUCCUGUUACUGCAAGUGGAAACAAAAGGAAGACCAAGUCAGCUGCAGCUGUUAAGAAGAAGAAGAAUACAAGUACAAGGUCAACAGUUUGGAAUCAUUACACAAGACUGAAGGAUAAUCGGAACAAAUGCAGCUGCAACUAUUGCGGUAGAGUUAUGCGUUGUGCAACGUCCAAUGGCACUUCAUGUCUCAAGAAGCAUCUUGGUAUCUGCAAGGAACAUCAGACAUGGGUACAAAGUCAGUCUCAGACUCAACAUACUCUGAAUGCCGAAAGUGAUGAUGAAGAUGGUGUUCAGUUGAAGCUGGCGAGGGUUUCUAAUGAAGUUGUAAGGGAAGCUACUAAUGAGAUGCUUGUCAUAUCGGAGUUGCCACUAUCCUUUGUUGAUGGUUUGGGAUGGAAGCACUUCUGCAACAAGGUGAAUCUUCCUAAGCCACAUUCACGAAGAACAGCAACAAGGGAUAUUGUUGAGUUGUAUGCAAAGAGGAAAUCAGAUUUGAUGCAGCUGAUCAGUGGCAACAAGCAAAGGGUUUCUUUAACAACAGACAUUUGGGUUGCACCAAGUACAGCAGCUAGCUACAUGGUCAUCACGGCACACUUCAUCGAUGAUAGAUGGAAACUUAGGAAGUUCAUCAUUGGUUUCAAGCAUGUAGCGGAUCAUAAAGGGGUGACAAUAUGCUCUGUCUUGCUGGAGUGUAUGGCUGAAUGGGGGAUAAAGAAAGUGUUUACAAUAACAGUAGACAAUGCCACUGCGAACACUAAUGCUCUGAAGUUGUUCAGGGAUGCAUUCAACGCUUUAGGACCUGAGUGCUUAGUGCUGGGAGGUGAGCUUCUGCAUCUACGUUGUUGUGCUCAUAUCAUCAACUUGGUUGUGCGAGAUGGUAUGCUAGAGGUGGAUGCGAGUGUGUGUGCAAUAAGGAACGCCAUACAAUAUAUCAGAGCUUCUUCUAAGAGAGUCGAAUCAUUUGAUCAGAAGGUUGAGUCAGCAAGGAUGACAAGAGGUAGCUUAUCUUUGGACUGCAAGACACGAUGGAAUUCAACCUACCUGAUGUUGUCAAGGGCCUUGAAGUUUAGAGCAGCGUUUGAUAGAAUGGAAGUUGAGGACAAGCUUUACAAUGAUCACUUUCAAGAGACUGUGGAGGGCAAGAAGAGGGUUGGACCACCAACUUCAGAGGAUUGGGAUAAAGUGGAGGGUUUGGUUAAGUUCCUGGUAAUAUUCUACAACUCGACUUUAGUUGUCUCUGCUUCUAACUCGCCUAGUUCCUACAAGUGUUACAAUGAGAUUGUCACCAUAGAAAGGAAUCUGAUUACAUUGAGUACUAGUACGGAUGAGAAGCUUAGGACAAAGGCUAUGGUUAUGAGGGCAAAGUUUAAUAAGUAUUGGGAUGGUCUAAAAGACAUUAAUAGGCUGUUGAUUGUUGCAAGUGUCUUUGACCCGAGGAACAAGAUGAAGUUUGCUGGUCUUUGCUUUGAAAAGCUUUAUGGGAAAGAUAGUCCACAAAGUAAGGUGCUCUACGACUCAGUCACUGAUGUCAUGGAAAGGCUUUUUGAUGAGUACAACGCCUCUGCAGCAUCACACACUGCUCCAGCAUUUGGUUCAUCGUCUCAGAGUCAGAGUGUCCAAGAGUCACAAGAUGAGGCUGCGAUGGAUUCUUCUGAUGAGAAUGAGUAUGGGUAUGAAAGAAUGGAUUCCUUGUACAAGGAAAUGGUGAACGAGUUGGGAUUUCAAGAUGCAAGCACUGAGUUAGAGCUAUACUUGAAGGAGAAGGUAGAAAUUCCUAAACCCAAUCCUCUAGGAAUUCCAUUUGAUGUUUUAGGUUGGUGGAGGAUCAACAGUUCAAAGUACCCGACCUUAGCUGCCAUAGCUAAGGAUGUUCUAGCUAUGCAAGUCUCUUCUGUUGCAUCAGAGUCUGCCUUUAGCACAAGUAAUCGAAUCCUUGAUCCAUCGAGAAGUUGCUUGACCCACUACAUGAUUGAGGUUCUCAUGUGCACAGAACAAUGGCUUAAGUGUGAGAUUCGAAUCAAUGAAAGAAACGUGGUUUCAACUCAGCAACUGAUUGCUGAGAUUGAAUUACAAGAUGAACUACAAAGAGAGUUUGAGCCGCAGCUGCACUUCCAAACCUGA